AAAACAACAAAAUAAAAAUUAAAAAUAUAAAUUUUUAAAAAUUUAAAAUUAAAUUAAUCAAAAUUUAAUAAAUUCGCUUUAAUUAAACAAAAAAAAAAAAGAAAAACUAAACUAUUAAAAAAAAUCAAACUGUUUAGAAAUUAUCAAUAAAAUUUAAUUAAUUCAAAUAAGUUAAAAAUUGAAAAAUAGUUAUGUAAAAAAUAAGGGAAAAACAAACUAAAUUAAUAAUUUAAAUAAACAAUAAAGAAACUCACUUUCUUGUAAAAAAUUAGUGAUCAACCACUUUAACAGUGACUCUACUUUAUUCAUGCUUCUCAUAUUUUUUCCCCUUCUCAUCAACUUCAGCGCUUAAAUACAAGCCAAAAAAAAACAUCAUUUUAAAUUCUUUUCCUACAUAAAUUCUUUCUUCAUUUUUAAUUUAUUUCAAAAUAAAUAAAAACAAGAAAAAAAAAAUUAUGAUUUUUCAUAAAGUAACGGAUAACAGGAAAAUUAAUUAGUGGUACAUAAGUAUAAAAAUAUGCUUAAUUAAUAAUUGAUAAAUUUAAAAAAAAAGAAAAUGUUAUAAUUUUAUACUCCGUAUUAUUGAAUUUUUGUUUUCAAAUAAUAUUAAAAAAAUAAUUUGAAUAAAUUCAAAUGGAACAUGUAUUAAAAAUGAAAACUAAACCCAGUGACUAAAUUAGUUUAUUACAAAAUUAUUAAAAAUAAGAGGAACUUCAAUAGUUUUCGAAUAAAACGAAGAAAAAACUUUUUUUCAAAAAUAUUUAAUAAUAAAGAAUUUAAUUUAUAUAAAGAAUAAAAAAUUAUAAAAAUUUGCAAGAUAUAAAUUAUAUUUUAUUUUGAUAAAAUUAAAAAAUUCAUGUGAAACCAGUAAAAAUAGUUAUUUAAAAAACAAUAAUUACAAGGAAAUAAAAUUUUUAAAUUAAAUAUUGAAAAAUAAUUUGAACAGAAAUUAUUAGAACAGUAAAAUAAAAGAAAUUAUUUUAUUUAUUUAAAUUUUAUUUUGAAAAAAAAAAACUCUUCAAAAAAGAUAACGAAAAAGAAAAACAGUUUAUUAUUUGGGCCUUUUUUAGCAGAUAUAAAAAUUAUUUUGCAAAAUUAGUAAAAAUAUUUUGUUUUUUAAAUUAAAUAUUGGAACAAAAAAUACUUAAUAUCUUUAAAAAAAAAAUAAUCGACGAACGACGACGAAACUGAAAAAUAAAAAAUUAUUUGGCUAAGAAGGAAAUAGAAACAAGUGGAGAUAAAUUGAAAAUUCAAAUUAAUCAAAUCGGGGAAUAAUUUUUCAAUAUAAUAAAACUAAUUUAAAUUUAUAUCAACAUAAAAAAAAACAAUAAUCACAAAUUUAUAUUCCAAUAAUUCGAGAGUAAAUACACAAAGAGCAUGAGCCAGUCGAAAAAUUUUCGCAAUGGCGAAGCAGAUAUUUACGGUAAUAUAUCAUGUGAUGAAUUCUAUAAUUUGAACACAAUUCGUAAUAUAAAUGUACCAAAUACAUUUCCCCCUAUUGGAACAUUUUCUUUGGAAACUGUUAAUUUAGCGCCCCCAACUCCAGUUCAACAAUUAUCGAACAAUCAUCAUAAUCAUAAUAUAUUUGAAAAUGAUGAUGCUGCAAGAAUAUUUUCAUCUAACUCAAUCUUGACGAAUGGCUUAAAUAAUUUAAAUUUAAAUAGUGGUGGAGGUGGUGGAGGUGGAGGCAAUAUAAUUGCACAAAAUUCAAUUAAUAAUACCUCUAAUAACAGUCAUGGUCCAAUAACUGGAAGUGGUGGUCAGCAGAAUCAUAAUAAUGCUAAUAACGAUGCAAGUCAAACAACACGAGAAACUGGAAUCAUCGAAAAGUUAUUGCAUUCAUACGGGUUCAUUCAAUGUUGUGAACGUCAGGCACGACUCUUUUUUCAUUUUUCGCAAUUUAGUGGAAACAUUGAUCACUUAAAAAUUGGUGAUCCAGUAGAAUUUGAAAUGACAUAUGAUCGCCGUACUGGAAAACCAAUUGCAAGUCAAGUUACUAAAAUAGCUCCAGAAGUUGUGUUAUCUGAAGAACGUGUGACUGGCACUGUUACAACUGAACUUUCAUGUUCCUCUAAUGUCUUAUCAUCAAAUGAAACAACAGGCCGUAUUAGCUAUGAGAAUCGUGGAGAAUGUUUCUUUCUCCCAUAUACCAAAGAUGAUGUUGAAGGUAAUGUUAACUUACGGGCUGGCGAUAAAGUGAGCUUCCAAAUAGCAACUAACCAAAGAGGUAACUUAGGUGCCUGCCAUAUUCGUUUAGAGAAUCCAGCUCAACCAGUUAAAUAUCGUGGUGUUGUUUGUUCGAUGAAGGAAUCAUUUGGUUUUAUUGAAAGAGCUGACGUUGUUAAAGAAAUUUUCUUUCAUUUUUCUGAAGCUGAAGGCUCGAUCGAAUUACGACCAGGAGAUGAUGUUGAAUUCACAAUCCAAACAAGAAAUGGACGCGAAUACGCUUGCAAUAUUACUCGCUUGCCACCCGGCUCGGUAAUUUUCGAGGACGUUGAUUCAACCAUAUUUAAAGGACAAGUUUUAAAACCUUUGGAUCGUAAUAAUCCUCAGCGUCCAUGUAACGACCCACUUCCAGGAAGGAUUCGUUAUAGAGCUCCAGAUCAUUCUGAAGUUGAAGUCCCUUUUGGAGAUAAAGAUCAGAAAGGAGAUUUUACUUUACGCCAUGGAGAUUGGGUUCAAUUUUUAUUGGCUACUGAUAGGCGUGAUCAAUUACAACGUGCCACAGCAAUUUCCUUAUCUGAUGAAACUUUUAAGGUAUCUGGAGAAAAGCGAGAACAAGGAGUAGUUUCAGCGUUGAAAGAUGGUUUUGGAUUUUUACGAUGUGUUGAACGAAAUGUCAGAUUAUUUUUUCAUUUUACAGAAGUUUUAGACCCGAGCCGUGAGUUAUGUGUUGGAGAUGAAGUUGAAUUUACUGUAAUUCAGGAACCUGGAUCAACAUACAACAGUUCUAGGCUUUGCGCCAUUCGUAUAAAACAUUUGCCACAUGGCACAGUUCAAUUUGAAACUCUAGUUGUCAGUAACAUUGAGGGGGUAAUAACUCGUGAAGCUCCAAAAAGUCCAGUAAAAUCACAAGAUCGCGUUGAGGGGGGUGUCAUAAGCUAUGAUCAAAAUGAUACAAAAAAAACUAUUAUGUAUUUUCUAAAAGACUGUGAAAAACCACCAAGAAUUGGUAGCCGAGUGCGAUUUGAUAUAUGCUUAGUGAAGCGUAACAAAGAAUUAAUUGCGGUUAAUGUUGUCGACGUAACUCAUUCCACAAGCAAUUUAAACAAUCAUCAGGAACAGCAACAUCAUCAACACCAUCAACAACAACAUCAGCAUCAUUCACAACAACCGCAACAACAAUUAACUAAUGGCAUUAGUUGCUCUCCAAAUAGUGGUAAACAUAACGAUUAUGGGAAUAUGAAAAUAGAAGACUACAAUAAAUAUGAUAAUAAUAAUCUGACAAAUAAUUCUGGAAAAGUUUAUAGAGGCUUCAUAGCAGUUUUAAAAGAAAAUUUUGGUUUCAUUGAAACCUUAACACAUGAUGAGGAAGUUUUCUUUCAUUUUAGUAAUUAUAAUGGUAACCCAAGUUGGUUAGAAUUGGGACAAGAAGUAGAAUAUACUUUAGCUCCAACUGGUAGCAGCACAUCGACAUCUGGUAAUUGCUUACCAGCUGAAAAUGUAAAAACUUUGCCAAAAAAUUCUAUACCUAUACCAGCUGUAUUAGAUGCAAUAUAUAAUGGUAUUGUUGCAAGACCAUUACGUUGUAUUAAUCCAGAUCAACAAGAAUAUUCAGGGUUAGUUGAAAUGUGGAAUGAUCAAAAAAUUUGUGUUAGCACACACGAAUUCGGAAUAACAAGUUUGGUUAAUAAACGGGAUCUAUUACAACAAGGCGAUUUAGUAACAUUUAAAAUUGAUGUAACUGGGCGUGCUGCAGAAAUAACAGCUGUACGUCAAAAGAAACGUGCAACAGUUGAUUCAAUUAAAGGACAAUUUGGAUUUUUGAGCUAUGAAAUAGAAGAAGGAAAAAAAUUAUUCUUUCAUAUGUCUGAAGUUCAGGGAAAUACAGCUGCCUUACAUCAGGGUGAUACGGUUGAAUUUUCAGUUGUUACAAAUCAGCGAAAUGGAAAAUCUUCGGCAUGCAAUGUCAUUAAAAUUAAUGAUCGUCCAGAUCGUUUGAUAUCUCGUUUGAAGCUUAAUUCUGUAGAUGAUUCAAGUCCACGUUUAAUUGUGACACGCGCACCUAGAGGACCACAGGGCAAAGGGUUUUCUCCACAGUUUCGGUCUCCCCGUAUUGCUGGUUUAGUCGCUGAAUAAAUAUUACAAAAACAAAAUUUUAAAAAUCUUAAUAGCAAUAAAACUGAAUCGAAACAAAUUUGAAACCAUGAAAUUAUUUAAUUAAACAAAAAGAAAUCAAUACAAAUGUAUUCAGUAAAUGCAGUACAUAAUAAUAAAAUAAAAAAAAACAUAAAUUAUUAAAAAUAUAAAAAAAAAAUUAAAAAUUAAAAAAAAAAUGCUUAUAUACAUAUAAAACAUAUUGGCACUAAAAAUUCUAGUUAUAAACAAAUUAUAUUAUAAACAAAAAAGGAUGGAAUACAAUACAAGAAAAUUAUUUAAAAAUUCAAAUAAAUCAUAAACUAUAGAGUAAAACUACAAAAAAAAAAUAAAAAAUUAAAAAAGUAAAAAAAAAUACAAUUCAAACCCUAUUAACUUAAAUGGCAAUUUGAAGAAAAAAGUAAUGGAAACUCUGCCAUUUUCCCAAAAACAUAAAAAGAAAAAAAAAGAAAGAAAUAAUCUAAAAUUAUAACAAUAAUAAUAUAAAACCAAGAAGAAAAAAAAUUAUACAAAAAGAAAAUAUAAAAAAAAAAUUGAAAAAAAAUAUAUGAAUACGUAAU